AUGAAAACAGGCUUCGGCUGCAAGGAUUGUGGCUACAUUGAUGAAGCGAAAGAUAAAGUCCGCUCUCAUAUCCUUCGGGAGCACGGACGACAGGAAGAACCAACUCGAGCAUCCAGAGCAUUCGCCCUCUAUUCACGCGCACGAUAUCAAGAAAGUGACCCCUCUGCGCGUGACAUCCCACGGGCCGCAUUCUGGACCAGAGGCAGGAACAGCGCAUUUCAGUCAGCCGAGAAUUCCUGCCCGGAGUGUGGCACCCUCAUCGCACCAUACACGAAAACCGGCAUUAUAGAACAUCUGCGUGAGAAUCAUGAGAUAAUCGUCGAUCUGAAUUGUAUAGGAAUACGCAACCGCUACGCUGCCCGCCAACGUGCCCAGCCAUUAACCGAUACAUCCCAUUCUGUGACGGAUCUCGAAGAGCUUGAACCGCAUGACACCGAUGAAGAUGAUAGGAUGAGUUGCUGCGACGGAGAUGGGGAAGAUUAUGACGAAGCACAAGAAGAAACAUCAGAGAAGUUGGCUGUUGACGGAGAGUACCGAGAGCGUAUUGCUCAAGGCACGGAAACAGAGAUGCAAGAGUCUAUUACGACGUCCAAAUCGACACAGAAUUGCAUCCCAGAGUGUCUACGCGACAUCUUCAUGGGUUGGGAAUGUGGAGAAAGCGCUUGA